UUUGUGAAAGUAGCUCUCAGAUGAAGAAAGGUUGGAGAUCCCUGGUAUAACGAGUCAGAUCGUUCUGGUUUCAAAGUGACUUUCUUUGUGACUUUAUGUACGGGUAGGUGAAGAUAAACCCGAGGUAACCAGUUGUUGUAGAAGCAGCCAAACUAAAAUGUGACCAGGAGGCGGACAUCAUAAACAAAUACGUAAUGGAUUUGAUAAAUGUACAACGUUCAGGUGGUGCACGCUUGUAAGGCAGGACACAGGUAAUUGUUUGUUAACUUUAUUUUAGUGAGAUAGACUCCAGCUCGGCGCGAUCAUGAACAUGGAUUAUAUUUUCUUUAUUUUGUAUUUUUCUUAGGUGGCUGGGAUGUAGUGCUCACUCAUACAAUCAUAUUUACCGCAGUAGAUUUAAAACGCGACUUGAAAUCAGCGCAAAUAUGAUCAGACAGGCAUUCUCCAGGUCAGCUACGUUUCCUCUCCAAAGUCGGAAACAUCUGCUGUCGGGUCCGUUCGGUAACCAGACAAUGUGGGAACCAGACAACAUACAACACCGGAAGUAGUUUGAUACUAUCUUUUUUUAAAUUGGUUAAAACAUUAUGUAGAACCAUAUUUAUGAUCUGACAUUUAAUCUCUAUUCUCUUUAAUAAUUAUCGAAAAUGUUGGAUUUAAAUGUUUUUUUAAACCUUAUUUCGCAAAGUAACAGCCAAUCACGUUCGAGCACUGGCGGCUACAGCCAAUCAGAUACGGAGUGAACAUGAAAGAGGCGGAAUAAAGAUUUAAAGUGGCAAAUCACAAUUUCUAAGGGGUCCUAACAGAAUGCCGACGUUAAUGUUAAAAAAUGAUUCAUGUAAAUAAAUAUAAACGUUUCAGCUUAGCUUAAUUUGAAGUGUAGUGUGAAGUGCUUCUCUGGUGACAUUUUACAACGAUUUUAUCUUUAUUUAGUUCGUUAUUGGCAUUAUUUGCCAGCUAACGUCAUGAUAGUUUUAUUAUCAGACUCGUUGAAAGUCAGAGUAGAUGAAGAUAGAGCACGAUGGUAGUGGAGGUGGAGAGUUUCUUCGGUGUGUACAUGCUGUACUGUAUUAAUCCUAAAUUUAAAGGACGGAUUUAUAUCGGCUUCACGGUGAACCCUGAGCGGAGGAUCGGACAACACAACGCCGGGAGACACCGAGGAGGAGCGAAGAGGACCAGCGGCAGAGGACCGUGGGAGAUGGUCCUCAUCAUACACGGCUUUCCCUCUGAUAUCGCCGCCCUGAGGUUUGAGUGGGCGUGGCAGCACCCUCACUCCUCCCGCCGUCUAUCCCACAUCUCGCGGCGCUACAGGAAAGAGUCGAGCCUGCAGUUCCACUGGCGCGUCGUCUCCAACAUGCUGCGGGUGGCGCCGUGGAGCAGGCUGCCUCUGACGGCCCGCUGGCUCAAACAGGAGUACAGGAUGGAGUUUGAGCCGGGCCUGCAGCCGCCGCUACACGUCCCCAUCGCUUUCGGGAGCGUGAGGGCCAAGAAAAUGAAGCAGCCGCCACUGCCGUCGUCUGGAGGAGAGGAGGAGGAGACGACGCGGUGUUCUCUCUGUCGAGGACGCGUCAAGGUGUCAGAGAAGCUGAGGUGUUUCCACCCGACCUGUUCGAUGAGCAGUCACGUUAUCUGCCUUGCCAAACACUUCCUCAAGUCGGAGGCGUCGCACCUCAUCCCAGUGGAGGGGGAAUGUCCGUCAUGCCGGCGCUCCGUGCUGUGGGGGAGUCUCAUCCGACACAAACACGGCUGCCUCGGAGACCUGGAGGAGAUGGCACCGUCUGCGUCCCAGAGUCACUGGGCCGACGAGCUGCAGAUUUGAGGAAGUGGAAUCUGCAGACAAUGAACUUUUAUUUCCUUCCUGAUGAACUGUGGAGCACACACACAUAAGUAAUCCAACAUCGCUCUGGGAUCCUUCCACUGACUCUUUUUCAAAAAUGCUGAUCAUGAAGUUUUUUAAAACUGUUUUAUUUAUGAAUUAUGUGUGAAAAAGAAACAUUUAAAUGUAUUUUGUUACAAAUAAAAAGAUUUAGUGUCAU